AUGGAAUACGAUAAUGAUGAAAACACAUGGCGUAGGCCAUCAAUACCGAAGGUAGAGCGGACGACAUGUCAACAAAUUCCCAAGAGAUCAACAAGUGUAGCUGUGGUGGUUUUAGGAUUAGCAGUCCUCAGCUGUCUGCUGGGCUACUGUGUCCUCAGUGAAACACUGCCCCACGAAUCCAAAACACUGAGACUUGUGAUAAUUUUAUUUCGUCAUGGUGCUAGAACACCAGUGAAAACCUAUAAUAGCGACCCAUAUAAAAACUAUCAAUGGCCAGAUGGGUUUGGCAGUUUAACCAAUGUUGGGAAACUGCAGCUAUAUGAAUUAGGCAAGAAAUUCAGAAGUUACUAUACCAACUUUAUCCUGGAGGAUUACUAUGAGAAAGAUGUCUUCAUCCGCAGCAGUGACCGGUCCAGGUGUUUGAUGAGUGCCUACACAUUUUUGGCAGGCUUGUUCCCACCUACAGAGAGACAAAUGUGGCAUCCUGAAAUGCAAUGGCAACCCAUACCAGUUCAUGCUUUACCACGAGAACUUGAUAAUAUAGUUAGUUCCACAAAACCCUGCAAAGUUUGGAGUGAAAUGUAUAAAGAGCAGCUGGCUGCUCAUGACGCUGAUCCGAAAUUUACAGAAUUAUUUGACUAUCUAACUAAACACACAAACCAAACCUUGCGGAGUAUAUUGGACACUGACUUCUUGUACAGCACCCUUCUGACGGAGCAAGAAGCAGGACUAAAAUUGCCGGACUGGACUAAAACUGUAUUCCCGUCUAAAAUGCGUACUCCUUUCAUGUUGAGCCUAGCUACGCUGUCCUAUAAUGAAUCUCUCCAAAGGUUUCAAAUAGGUCCACUUCUAAAAGAGAUACGGCAGUACUUCGAUGAAACCGCAGUACAUUCUAAUGUGGAUCGUACACUAUACAUUUACUCUGGCCAUGACACCACCAUAGUGUCGUUGUGGCGCGCUCUCGGCUUUGAAGAGCUGAUUGAACCGGAGUACGGCGCUAGCGUCGUGCUGGAAUUGCACGAGGACGUAGAAAAUGAAUCCUUUUUUGUUAAGACGUUUUACAGAAACAACUCCAAAAUAGAAGAGCCAAUAGAAUUGAAACCAAAGUUCUGUGACGAUCCGUGUACAUACACUCGAUUCAAGGACCAUGUUAGUAAGUUGAUACCCGACGAUUGGGAGGCAGAGUGUGGCAAUACACGGUCUUAA